AUGUUAGGUUUUAAAAGCAAUCUGUUCUUUGAUUGUCAAUUUGCUGUUGAAUGUUGGCGUCAUGUGGGCUUAUGGUAUGAUUGGAGUGAAGUCGAGAAUGCUCAUGAUUGGCUCUUAGAGAAGAUCAGCUCUGCACCUGCGGAGGAAGUAACAAAGAUUUGUAUUAUUCUGUGGGGGGUGUGGUUUUGGCGUAAUAAGAAAGUGUGGGAGGGAAAAGUUGUUACCCCUGCUUAUGCGAUGGAUAGCAGCUUUAAGAUGUACUCAGAAUGGUUGGAAGCCAAGAAAAAACAUGUGUUCAGUCCCCCUCAGCGUAGAUUAGAAGUGCAGAUGACUGAGAGUAAAUGGCAAAUUCCAGAACCAGGAGCCUAUAAAGUCAACGUAGACGCCUCUGUUUUUCCGAAUGCUCAGACCUUUUCUGUAUGA